CGGGCCGGGGGCGUCUCGGGUGUCCGGAGGCGAGUCCGCUCGGUCCAGGAAGUAGCUCAGGGGAGCCUGACCCCGACCUACCGCUCUCCUCCCACGAGCGGAGGAGGCAGGGAAGUACCGAGGGCAGUCAAGCCUCCCCUGGGGGUGGUUCCUGGGACUCGAUGGAGCUCAGCCUCUGGGUGCUCACUCUCGCUCGGCCCUGCGCUUCCUGACAAACCCGGCCGCCAAACCCUGUAGUCGCCCGCCUUUAACCCAAGAAAGCAAACCGUCCUGCUGUUGUGAGCGGGCGUGAGCCUUAAGACUACCUUAAGGAGAAUCGCACAGAAUUAUUAAAACAGUGAUCCAAGCAAUUGAGUUGAAGGCAUUCUGAGAAAACCCGCUAUUUAUUGUGAAAAUCAUCUUUGAUUUUGGAAUAAAAAGUAAAGCUGGAAAGGAAUUUACAGACGAGAAAAAAAAGAAGUUUGGAAUUGGACUCACAGGAUCUGGGCUUGGAAAUGCCUCAGCCUAGCGUCAGCGGAAUGGACCCACCUUUUGGGGAUGCCUUUCGAAGCCACGCCUUUUCAGAGCAGACUCUGAUGAGCACAGAUCUCUUAGCAAACAGUUCUGAUCCAGAUUUCAUGUAUGAACUGGAUAGAGAGAUGAAUUAUCAACAGAAUCCUAGAGACAACUUACUUUCUUUGGAGGACUGCAAGGACAUUGAAAAUCUGGAGUCCUUCACAGAUGUUCUGGAUAAUGAGGGUGCUUUAACCUCGAACUGGGAGCAGUGGGAUACAUACUGUGAAGACUUAACCAAGUACACCAAACUAACCAGCUGCGACAUCUGGGGAACAAAAGAAGUGGAUUACUUGGGUCUUGAUGACUUCUCUAGCCCAUACCAAGAUGAAGAGGUCAUAAGUAAAACUCCAACUCUGGCCCAGCUUAAUAGUGAGGACUCUCAGUCUGUUUCUGAUUCCCUUUAUUAUCCUGAUUCACUUUUCAGUGUCAAACAAAAUCCCUUACCCUCUUCAUUCCCUGGUAAAAAGAUCACAAGCAGAGCAGCUGCCCCUGUGUGUUCUUCAAAGACUCUUCAGGCUGAGGUUCCUUUGUCAGACUGUGUCCAAAAAGCAAGUAAACCCACUUCAAGCACACAAAUCAUGGUGAAGACCAACAUGUGUCAUAACGAAAAGGUGAACUUUCAUGUUGAAUGCAAAGACUAUGUAAAAAAGGCCAAGGUAAAGAUCAGCCCUGUGCAACAGGGCCGGCCCUUGCUCAGCCAGGCGCACACAGAUGCCGCCAAAGAGAACACAUGCUACUGUGGGGCCGUGGCAAAGAGACCAGAGAAGAAGGGGGUGGAACCUCUCCAGGGCCAUGCCACUCCCACCUUGCCCUUCAGAGAGACCCAGGAACUACUACUCAGUCCCCUGCCCCAGGAAGGUCCUGGGUCAGUUGCCACAGGAGAGAGUAGUAGCCUUUCUGCCAGCACGUCGGUCUCAGAUUCAUCCCAGAAAAAAGAGGAGCACAAUUACUCUCUUUUUGUCUCUGACAACUUGGGAGAACAGCCCACCAAAUGCAGUCCUGAAGAAGAGGAGGAUGACGAGGAGGACGUCGACGAUGAGGACCAUGACGAAGGGUUCGGCAGUGAGCACGAACUCUCUGAAAAUGAGGAGGAGGAAGAGGAGGAAGAGGACUACGAAGAUGACAAAGAUGAUGAUAUUAGUGACACUUUCUCUGAACCAGGCUAUGAAAAUGAUUCCGUAGAAGACUUGAAGGAGAUGACUUCAAUAUCUUCUCGGAAGAGAGGCAAAAGGAGGUACUUCUGGGAGUAUAGUGAACAGCUCACACCAUCACAGCAAGAGAGGAUUCUGAGGCCAUCGGAAUGGAGCCGAGAUACCUUGCCAAGUAAUAUGUAUCAGAAAAAUGGCUUACAUCAUGGGAAAUAUGCAGUAAAGAAGUCAAGGAGAACUGAUGUAGAAGACCUAACUCCAAAUCCUAAAAAACUACUCCAGAUAGGCAAUGAGCUACGGAAACUGAAUAAGGUGAUUAGUGACCUGACUCCAGUCAGUGAGCUGCCCUUAACAGCCCGGCCAAGGUCAAGGAAGGAAAAAAAUAAGCUGGCUUCCAGAGCUUGUCGGUUAAAGAAAAAAGCCCAGUAUGAAGCUAAUAAAGUGAAAUUAUGGGGCCUCAACACUGAAUAUGAUAAUUUAUUGUUUGUAAUCAACUCCAUCAAGCAAGAGAUUGUAAACCGAGUACAGAAUCCAAGAGAGGAGAGAGGACCCAACAUGGGGCAGAAGCUUGAAAUCCUCAUUAAAGAAACUCUUGGUCUCCCAGUCGCUGGGCAAACCUCAGAAUUUGUUAACCAAGUGUUAGAGAAGACUGCAGAAGGCAAUCCCACCGGAGGCCUUGUAGGACUAAGGAUACCAGCAUCAAAAGUGUAAUCGACUUCAUUGGACCACUGGUCAGAAAUGUCUGUGUGUGUCACAUUAUCCAUUGUAAAUUUUCAUUCUGUUUUGCAUGUCAGUUAGCAUUAUGUAAACAUUUAUAAUUAGGUUACGUUGUUUUAAGAACUUGUAGCAUAAGUGAAGCAUGAUCCAAAAUACUUGAUUAUUGCAUUUUCAGAGCGUAAACCAUGGUUAAUCUGCUACUGGCAUUAGAAUUGAAACACACGUACAGAACGAAAACAUCCGUCAGAGCAGAUUGUUUGGAGGCAUGAGCGUGUUCCUCUGAUGCCAAGAGUGGUGGCAGGCUGUGCUCUGAACCACAUAAAAUAUCGAGGAAGCAUUUUUUUUUAAGCAGUCAGAUUGUUUUUAGAAUUCUGCUUUUUGUUCUAAUUUUCCACAACCAUAAAUCUCACGUGUACAUGGUACACCCAGCACUCACACCUGUGUGCCGUGUUAGAUGUUCAUUUCCAGAGCUCAACAUGAUAUACAUAGAGAUAUAUAUAUAUAUAUAUACGUAAAUAUAUACGUGUCUGUGCAAGUAAGAAAAAAAGCAUAUUCUUUGUGCCUUGUAUUUUGGGGAAACUAUAAAACUGGUAAUAUUUUGUAUGAUGAAAACCCUAAUGAGGAAAAAUAAGAUAUAUAGAUGGAAAAAUUAUGGGGUUUAAAUGUUUUUUUGUUCCAACUCUUUUUCAGAUUUUUUGAAUGUAUAUAGGACUAUGUUGAAAUGUAGAUAUAUGCCACAGAGUCUGUGUAUUGUAUAAAAAACAAAACAAAAAAUAACAAAAAAAAGAUGGCUCUAGAAAACUCAUAUUUCGGUACUUGACCGGAAGAAGACAAAUACUUGCACAUUAUUGCGAUUGUUUUAUUUUUUGUACCAAAGACAAAUGCAACUGAUAUGGCAAACUGCCAGUCUAAGUAAAGUUUUGCACAGCUUACAUGAUACUGUAUGAAUGUAUGAAAAAAAGGAGAAAAAAAAAGAAAAAAUUAAAAGGUCAGGGUUAGGGAUCUUAUUGAACUGUGAAUUUUAUUUCUGUUUGGGUCCAAU